UUUGUGUGUGUGUGCCCGUGAGCCCCUGAUGCCAGGUUAAGAGUUUGUACAAAUAGUCUGUAUGGAGAACCUCAAAAAAUCUCUAAAGAUGCCUCUCUUUGGGAACACGUUCAGUCCGAAGAAAACACCUCCCCGCAGAUCGGCUUCCUUGUCCAGCCUUCAUACGUUGGAUAGAUCAACAAGGGAAGUCGAGCUGGGCCUUGAAUAUGGACCUCCUGUGAUGAACAUCGGAGGUCAAAGCAUGAAAUUUGAAGAUGGACAGUGGAUAACAGAAUCCGGUGAGAAUACAUCUGGCAGGGAAGCACAGAGGCUCAAGAAAAGAAAUAUCCAACUGGAGGAGGAAAACAACCACUUAAAACUAAAGAUUGAAAUCCUCAUGGACAUGUUGACAGAGACGACCGUAGAGUUCCACCUGAUGGAGAAAAAAGUGGAAGAUGUAAAAACACAUCAAAGGAAGAAAUGACUGUUAUUCACACUGCAUUUUCUGCAGGAAAUGCACUUUCUAGUUCAUAUUAAACAUGUCUCUGGGAACAUACACCUAAAGAUGCUGUUAAUUUUUAGAAAAGAUUUCUGCCAUUUAAUUAUUUAAGGUCCCAUUUCUACACCUAAAGUAAAUGGUUGAGAUGCUGCCGUCCCCAUUCUCUUCUUUUCCAGAUGUAAUCAAUGUGUCAUUUGCAGAUUCUGUUUACUGGUUUGUUAGUUAUAGAAAGGAAGCGAGAUUAGUAGAUCUGGAAGUAUCUGUAAAGAAAUUGUUUUGAAAUAUAAAUGCGACCAAAAAGAGAAA